AUGCCGGAACCUGCCGAUCCACCUAUCCCCGCCGAUCCACCUAUCCCCGCCGAUCCACCUAUCCCGGAACCCGCCGAACAACCUAUCCCUGAACCCGCCGAUCAACCAAUCCCGGAACCCGCCGAACAACCUAUCCCUGAACCCGCCGAUCAACCUAUCCCUGAACUUGCCGAUCAACCCAUUCCCCCCGAACCAACCAUCCCCGCACCCGCCAAUGAAAACAUCCUCCCACCUUUAGGCCUACCUGUGCAAGCACCAAUCGCCCAACCUCGAGGACCAGCCGUAGUGACUGGCGGCAACGUUGUCGUUCCAUUCCGCCAUGAAGAAUUUAACCUGGACCAAAUAUACGAUCCAGUUUUAAUCAACGCCCAUCAAUUUGAUUCCCUCCGUCAGAAGUGGACCAAAGCAUCAUCGAUUGUCCAGCUUGUUGAGGCUCAGGGCUCUUCACUGUUGCCACUUCAGACGGUAUACUUUAGGCUUUCCCGCCAGCGCACCAGCGCCACCCUCCCAACAGUAGCGCUUCAACAUAAAUCAGGCCAGGAGUUCUUCAGCACGGACGAUUUAAAGAUACAAGAAUGCAGCCGCCCUAUCAUACCCUUUGCCAGCUUGUCUGGGUGUUGCACCCCUGUACAGGACGAACUCCCCGACGAGCCACCUUCUCAGAUAGCAAUUCCAUCAACGAAGAUAUUGACACCCCCUCCGACACCGUGUGCUACAGAGGAGACCUCACCCGUUGCCCCCGCCCAAGUGCUUAUCCGACAACCGCACUCAAACAGUAUACCACUCCGCCACAGGAGGAUGGACUCCAAGUGCUUAUCUGACAACCGCACUCAAACAGUAUACCACUCCGCCACAGGAGGAUGGACCCCAAGUGCUUAUCAGACAACCGCACUCAAACAGUAUACCACUCCGCCACAGGAGGAUGGACCCCUGCCAUCCAAACGACUAACUCCUCCAUUCUCCCCUAUUGCUGAUGAGGCAACUGAUCACAACGAGCAGGAGAAAAGUGCCAGGAAAGAUGGGGAUGACGAUCAUGUAGAUAAGGAAGAGGAAGAUGUUGAUGAUGAUGUGGACGACAAAGAUCAACGUGACGAGGACUAUGAAGAUGAUGCAGACGACAGGGAUCGACGUGACGAGGACUAUGAAGAUGAUGCAGACAUCAGGGAUCGACGUGACAAGGACUAUGAAGAUGAUGCAGACAGGGACGAUGAAGAUGAUGCAGACGACGAGGACUUUGAAGAUGAUGGAGACGACAGGGAUCGACGUGACAAGGACUAUGAAGAUGAUGCAGGCGAGGACUAUGAAGAUGAUGCCGACAAGGACUAUGAAGAUGAUGCAGACGAGGACGAUGAAGAUGAUGCAGACGAGGACUAUGAAGAUGAUGCAGACGAGGACGAUGAAGAUGAUGCAGAUGACAAGGAUGAUGCAGACGACGAGGACUUUGAAGAUGAUGGAGACAACGAGGAUCGACGUGAGGAUAGAGAUGAAGAAGAUGAUGAUGGAUCCAAAAAAAGUGUAAAUAUUACAUAAUCAUUUUGAACUUUUAUUUAUUUUGUAUUUUAUUUGGUGGUGACAUAAGUGAAACUCAGCAGCCUGGAAAAUCCGUGAAUCACCUCGCCUUCCUUUUUACUGUACAUUAAAGACUUCUCCUUGGUCUAAAAUUUGUCUUUUCAUUUGAUGAGAACUCUAGCUAAAAACA